AUGGCAAAUCGCAGCCAAACCUCUCGAAACUAUCUUCGCGAUCGCUGGACACGAGAACACUAUCCGGAUAGCCUAGAGACGACUCUAGGCCGUUCGCGUCCGCAAUCUUCUACACAGGAGUCGCGGGGAGGAGGCCAUGAUGAGGAUGGAGAAGAAGAUGCGGCCGACGACAUGGAGCUCAGCGAGAUGUCAGUACCAGCACCCAUGCAGCCAGAGGAUACCAGACGACCAUCAUGGGAAGAGGCGGUGCGACAAGUGAGCAGACACUCGCAUGAACAAGGCGAGCGUCAAGAAGACAUGAACCUGACGGAGAUGACGGUGCCGCCACCUGCACGACCAGAGGAUCCUCGAGAACCAUCUUCAGAAGGGGCACUGAGUAGACUGAGCAGCGGAGGCAAAAGCCGCGGUGAGCAAAACUUGGGCGAAGUCGCAGCACCAGAACGCAUGGCUGGUCGAGAGAAGCCAUCGGAUGAAGAGACGGCAGGAGGCUCCUCGAACCACCAGAGCCUCGAAGAGCAACAAGAGCAGAAAUCGGCCGCGGGUCUUGAUUCCUCUCCAUUGAAGCCAGCGCCUUUUGUCGCAGAAGUCUUCACGAUCGGAUGGUUGAUAUUGUUCUCGCUGCUCGGUACACUGGCUCGACUGGGCGUCGAAGCCAUCACGCUGUACCCGAACUCGCCCUUCACUUCGCGAGUUUUGUGGGCGAAUCUGGGCGGAUCGCUAACCAUGGGCUUUCUGGCGGAAGACCGACGUCUGUUUCGACAGGAAUGGGGCUCGUUCGACCCUGGAGCUUCUGCAGCUGCGCACGGAAAGACCAAAAAGACCAUUCCACUCUAUAUCGGUCUGACUACGGGCUUCUGCGGAAGUUUCACAUCCUUUUCCUCGUUCAUUCGGGACUGCUUCCUGGCCCUGACGAACGCUCUGGAAUCUCCGUCACCCACGUCUCCGUAUCAUGUCGAACCGACCAUUGCGUCGAGAAACGGCGGCUUUUCGUUUCUCGCGCUUCUGGCCAUCAUGAUUGUGCAUCCGGCCAUUUCUCUGGCGGCCCUGCAGGUCGGGGCACAGCUGGCUUUGCUUCUUCAGCCCGUGACGCCGACGAUUCCAAUAAAGUUCACUCGAACGGUUCUGGAUCCCUUGGGCGUCGUGCUUGGGUUUGGCUGCUGGCUUGGAGCGGUGUUUUUGGCGAUUUGGCCGCCGGGUAAUGACAUCCACUGGCGGUUUCGAGCAGUCCAUCCACUCGUGUUUGCCCCAGUAGGGUGUCUCCUCCGCUUCUACGUGUCGAAGCACUUGAACGCCGUCAUCCCCUCGUUUCCGCUGGGGACGUUCGCGGUCAACAUCUUUGGCACGGCCGUGCUGGGCAUGGCAUUUGAUCUGCAGCAUGCCAGCAAUGUGGGAGCGUCCAGCCCUAAUGCGUGCGCCGUCUUGCAGGGUAUCAUGGAGGGCUUCUGUGGAUGUUUGACGACGGUCAGUACGUGGGUCGCUGAGAUGCACGGCCUGAGACGGCGACAUGCUUGGAUCUAUGGGCUGACCAGCGUCGGCGUGGGACUGGGACUCAUGGUGGUGAUUAUGGGCAGUAUGGGAUGGACGGUUGGAUUCAGUCGACCGGUGUGCGCUUGA